AUGGGAUGUCAAGCUCCGAGUACGCCUGCCCCUAAAGUUGCUGCUGAGCGCUUUGAGAGACGGAAGAAACGUGCUGAGACUGCAAGAUCAUUGGUCCAAGAUCUUUCAGACAACAACACUCCAGAGUUACCACCUGAUGUAAAUUUAGAUAGUGCAAAGAAUGUUCAGACUGAUAUGCUUACUUCAGAUGUAGAAUCAUUGGAACAGGAAAAUAAACGUUUGAAACUAGAAAAUGAAAAUCUAAAAACAUCUAUCCGGAAUGCGUCUAUGUUUUCUCAGGAGACUCUUAAAGACAAUGAUGAAAGAGUGAGGUACUUUACAGGACUUUCUUGUUUUGCUAUACUGAUGUCAUUGUACAAGUAUCUAUAUCCUUAUUUAACAAGCAAACAUAGUGUAACACUUGGAAAGUUUGAGUGCCUUGUGAUGACUUUAAGUAGACUUCGCCUAAAUUUGACUGUCAAUCACCUUGCCUACCAACUGAAUGUUUCAUGUGCAACCAUUUCUCGAACUUUUGUGAAUACUAUUGACAUCAUGUAUGUAAGACUAAAACCAAUUGUUCGAUGGCCUGACAGAGCCUCAUUGAGAGCAACAAUGCCAGUACAGUUCCAAAGACAGUUUGGUAAUAAGUGUGCAGUAAUCAUUGAUUGCUUCGAGAUCUUUAUAGAGCGUCCAUCAAAUCUUAUAGCGAGGGCAGAGACAUGGUCGUCAUACAAACAUCACAACACUGUGAAGUUCCUUAUUGGAAUCACACCACAGGGAGUAGUGUCGUUUAUUUCCAAAGGUUGGGGCGGUCGUGCAAGUGACAAAUAUGUCACUGAACAUUGCAAUUUUUUAGAUAACAUUUUGCCGGGGGAUUUAGUGUUGGCAGAUAGAGGAUUUGACAUUGCGGAUAGUGUUGGUUCUGUUUGUGGGUCAUUGAAAAUUCCAGCUUUCACCAAAGGUAAAGACCAACUCUCUCCAUUGGAUGUAGAAACAACAAGAAAAAUAGCCAAUGUACGGAUACAUGUUGAGAGAGUUAUUGGGCUUGUGCGCCAAAAGUACACAUUCUUAAAUGGGACACUACCAUUGGACCUAGUAAUUACCAAAGAUGAAGAUGGCUUUACUACAAUUGACAAAAUAGCUCAUGUGUGUUGUGCGCUGGUUAACUUAUGUGAAUCAGUGGUCGACUUUGAUAAAUAG